CACCUCCUCACAGGGUCCGCUGAAUCUACAGACACUGCGAAGAGAAGACAAGAAGAAGAGAAGAAAGUGCUGCAGCAGUCACCGUCACCAUGAAGAUGCUGACUGUGUCUGCACUUGUUUGUGCCAUGAUGGUUCUGACCAGAGCGGCUGAGAGUCGCCCGGUCAAGACGUGGACAGGUGGUAUCUUGGGCUGGUAUUCCUUCAAUGGUCGCUGUUACCGCUACAUUCCAACACGUAUGAGCUGGGCUAGAGCUGAGAGAAACUGUCAGUCCCUGGGUGGAAACCUUGCGUCUGUUCACAACAUCGAGGAGUAUCAGGCCAUUCAGGAUGUGAUUUUCAGAGCCACUAAUUUGAAAAAACCGACUUGGAUUGGAGGCUCUGAUGCAGUAGAGGAACGUUUCUGGUACUGGAGUGAUGGCACAUCUUUCAACUACCGGAGAUGGUGUGAUGGAGAGCCUAAUAACCAGGGCGGCAGGCAGCAUUGUCUGCAGAUGAAUUACUCAGCUAAGAAGUGCUGGGAUGACCUCCGAUGCACCCGCCAGUUACCGUCUGUCUGUGUCAGGGAGAGAUGCUGAUUCCAGGUCUGACACAGAGACAUGAAGAACCCAUUAAAAGCACAAACACUUGUGUUGUGCGCAUGCUUUCAUAUACAUCUUUCUUUACACCCUCAGUCUCACAUGUGAGCUGAGUUUGUCUUUGCUAUCGCUGUAAUGCUACUGAAGGAAUGAAGCGACAAGUGACAUAAACAGGAGCUGGACUGUCUCUGAGGCCUUGUGCCUUUAAUGAGAGCAGACUGAAUGUGUUAUGAAAAGAAUGCUUUUAGCACAAAUCUACAUAUAUUCUGCAAAGUAAACUCUUCUUUCUUGUCUUAUGCAAAAUUAAAGGCUCAAGCAUCCAAACAAA